AAUGCCUUUUAGCGUUUAAAGCAGGGUGGUGGUUUGAUUAGGUCUCCGUGGGGAAUGGCUUAGAGGAAAACAAGAGUGCACGCAAUGGAACCAGUUAGUGUAGACAUCCGGCCUCGACGUCGUUAAUAGACUAGACAGGGAGCGGAGAAGGACCGGGAGGAGGGGCAGAGGGGGCUGAAUUCGAGAGCUCCGGCGUAUGUUUAAGGACGUAGAAUUCAACUUGGAGGAGGGUCGGACUUGAUGCACGAGAGAGGAAUCAGGGAUGACUACCGGGUUUCUGACUUGGAGUGGGUGGAUAACAUGGUUGCUUACCGAGCCAGGGAACAGGAGAGGUGGGGGGCGGGGGGAGAGAAGACGGCUCAGGAACGCGGAUAUUUAAGAAAUCGGAGUAAGAGAACGAAGGAUAGAGGUAGGACCCUAAUUUGGGCCGGGCGGGGCUUACAGCCGCGCGCACCCAGCCUCACGCGCCGCCACCGCCGCCGCCUCCUACUCCCCCUCCCUGUGCUCGCGGGCAGCUUAACACAGUAACCCACGCGACGAAGGAGAUGCCACUCGGGGCGCAGCUGGAGCCCCGCGCAGGCCCAGUGGGUGCCGAGCGCGGAGCCUGCGCAGUUGGGCGAAGUCGGGGCCUCGGGAUCCUCGCCCGCACCUCGCCUGGAACCCAGCGGCUGCAGCAAAGCUGCCAUCCCCGAAGCCCGCCGCUCCUUGCUCCCGCCCCUUCCGUAUUUUGGUCGCGCACGGGUUCCGUCAGUCGUAGCGGCCAUUGGCUGCUAGAGGUAUCCGAGAGCGAUGAUUGGCUCUCGGUGGCCGUCGCUCAAGCGCCCUUCCGGAGAUGGAGGUGGGAAGAGCUGGAGAGACCCGGGAGCGGAGUUGUCUUCACACGUCAGAGUCAUCUCUUCGGCCAGAUUGGUGAAGGCCAUGCCGCCCCCUGGGAAAGUUCCCCGAAAGGAGAAUCUGGGGCUACAGUGUGAGUGGGGGUCCUGCUCCUUUGUGUGCUCAGCCAUGGAGGAGUUCUGCGAGCAUGUCACUCAGCACCUCCGGCAGCACCUGCACAGCUCCGGGGAGGAGGAGGAUGAGGAGGAGGACCCACUUGAAGAAGAAUUCUCCUGCUUGUGGCAGGAGUGUGGCUUUUGCUCUAUGGACAGUUCUGCUGACCUCAUCCGCCACGUCUACUUCCACUGCUACCACACCAAGCUGAAGCAGUGGGGGCUGCAGGCUCUGCAGAGCCAGGCCGACCUCAGCCCCUGCAUCCUGGACUUCCAGAGCCGCAACAUCAUCCCUGACAUCCCUGACCACUUCCUGUGUCUGUGGGAGCACUGUGAGAGUUCCUUCGACAACCCCGAGUGGUUCUAUCGGCACGUGGAAGCACACAGCCUGUGCUGUGAAUACCAAGCGGUCGGCAAAGACAACCAGGUGGUGCUGUGUGGCUGGAAAGGCUGUACCUGCACCUUCAAGGACUGCCGUAAGCUUCGAGAGCACCUCCGCAGCCACACCCAGGAGAAGGUGGUGGCCUGCCCCACCUGCGGGGGCAUGUUUGCCAACAACACCAAGUUCUUAGAUCACAUCCGUCGCCAGACCGCGUUGGAUCAGCAACGCUUCCAGUGCUCUCACUGUUCCAAGAGAUUUGCCACGGAGCGGCUGUUGCGGGACCAUAUGCGUAACCAUGUGAAUCACUAUAAGUGUCCUCUGUGUGAUAUGACCUGCCCGCUGCCAUCGUCCCUCCGAAACCACAUGCGCUUUCGCCACAGCGAGGACCGGCCUUUUAAGUGUGACUGUUGUGAAUACAGCUGCAAGAAUCUGAUUGACCUGCGGAAGCACCUGGACACCCAUAGCAAGGAGCCAGCCUACAGGUGUGACUUCGAGAGCUGCGGCUUCAGUGCGCGAUCCCUCUGCUCUAUCAAGUCCCACUACCGAAAAGUGCAUGAGGGAGACUCAGAGCCGAGAUACAAAUGUCACGUAUGUGACAAAUGCUUCACGAGGGGCAACAACCUCACCGUGCACCUUCGAGAGAAGCACCAGUUCAAGUGGCCCUCAGGGCACCCCCGUUUUCGGUACAAGGAGCAUGAAGAUGGCUACAUGCGGCUGCAGCUGGUUCGCUAUGAGAGUGUGGAGCUGACACAGCAGCUGCUGCGGCAGCCGCAGGACGGAUUGGACCCGGGAGCAUCGCUGAGUGAGAGCAGCCUGCAGGGCAUCAUUCUCGAAGCAGUGCCAGGGGAGCCGGGACCCCAGGAAGAGGCCGAAGAGGAAGAGGAGGGUGGGAGCGGUGACGGCACGGCCCUCUCAGCCUCUCAGGACACUCCCAGCCCCGUCAUCCAUGUGGGGAACCAGACCAACGCCCAGGGCGAGCAAGAGGUUGUCUACUAUGUGCUGUCCGAGGCCCCGGGAGAGCCCCCCCCAGCCCCCGAGCCCCCCUCAGGGAACGUCAUGGAAAAGCUUCAGGGAAUAGCUGAGGAGCCACAAGUCCAGAUGGUGUGAGGGCUGCAGAGCCUGACCAUUCCUACCCCAGACCCUGGCGUGUGAGCCAGGCUGGUGGCAGUGCCCCUAGUGGGCAGCCCCUGCCAACGGAUGCCUUUUAAGGGUGGUGCCAAGAGCUGUGUGGUGCGCUCUGGACCCGGCUUGUGUCAUUCAGCGGAUCCAAAGGACUUCCUUUUCUGCCAGACGGCGCUUUGUGGGGACCUGAGAAGUUUGGGUUCCUUGAGGGGGAUGCGCUGGUUGUGUGUGUCCUUGUAGAGGGGCUGGUAUCAGGCUUACCCAUAACCCCCUAGUCACUCUGAAACAGUGAGUAAAAGCCCCCGUCAACUCGCACCCAUUCCCGUCCUUAGGUCCAGGGGUGACACAUAACCGGUUCCUGCGAGGGCCUUUUCCUUGCAACCAGCCAAGGCAGCAUGAACCAGGCAGCCAUCUCCCUCUAAAGGGCUCCUGCGAUCGCAAGGACUCUCAUGGUUACCCUCAGGGAUGGGAUUGGAGGCACUGAGUAUGUGUGUAACGGUUGUUUUGGUAAUAAAAGAAACACAGGCUCUUA